AAAGUAAAAAACAUAUGGAGAUAAAAUGUAUACAGUAACUUACAUAGUUAAAAUACAAAAAUAUUAAAACAUGCACCAAACAGAAUUUCAGAAUUGACAUAUAGUAGCAAUAGAACAUAAAUCAAACUCAUGAUUGAAACUUGACUGGGCAGGCAUGUUUAAAGAGAUGGGUCUUCAACUGCAUUUUAACUACCAGCAGCUUGUUUAGCUGUUGGAGCUCUUCUGGCAGGUCAUUCUGCAAUUGUGGGGCGGCCCAUGAAAACGUCCUCUGGGUGACAAUCGCCAGUCGAGUUCUGGCUGGUUGGAAGUAAGCAUCUAUUCUGGCUGUGUGAGUCCUCUGGUUGGCAUGCCAGUCCCGCUGUAGAAGCUCAGCUGUUUCAUUGGGUAUUAUUACCUCACUGCAGGCGUUCUGGUGAUCCGACAGAAUCAACUCUUCUCUCCCUAGCCUGCGUCUUCCUGGGUUUGCAACAAUGGUGUCUGUGACAAUGGCUACAUCAGAGUGGAUCCAGUUCUUCAAAGAGGCUGGUAUCCCCCCAGGGCCUGCUGUCAACUAUGCUGUCAUGUUUGUGGAUAACAGGAUCCAGAAGAACAUGCUGAUGGACCUCAACAAGGAGAUCAUGAACGAGCUGGGCAUCACCAUUGUUGGGGACAUAAUUGCAAUCCUUAAGCAUGCCAAAGUGGUAUAUAGACAGGAAAUGUGCAAGGCUGCAACAGAGUCAGUGACCCCGAAUCAAACCACCUUGCAGUCUGAACUACGCAGAAAUGCCAACAGCGCUGCCACCCGGAUGAUUGCAAACAGCUUGAGCCGGGACUCUCCUCCUUCCACUCCUGUUCGGAGACCUGACAGCAAUGCCUCUAAAAUUUCUGUCACUGUCUCCAACAAAAUGGCUACGAAGAAUGCCAAAGCAACUGCCACUCUCAGCAAUCCUGAGGCCGAAAAUUCCACGAUCCCAGUGAAGCGGCGCCGUGUCACUGCAGAGAUGGAAGGGAAGUACAUUGUCCACAUGCCAAAAGGAACGACGCCCAGGACCAAGAAGAUCCUGGAGCAGCAGGCAGCAAAAGGUCUACAGAGAACGUCAGUGUUUGAUCGGCUUGGUGCAGAGACCAAUGCAGACACAACUACAGGAAGUAAACCCACAGGAGUGUUCAGCCGGUUGGGGGACAUGCAGGAGGCGGAGGAAGACAAAGCGAGUGAGGAUGAUGAGGAUGAUGAUGACAGCUCUGUCUUGCAAUAUGCCGGAGUGCUGAAGAGAUUCUCCAAGCUGCCCAAGACCAAAGAGGGUUCCAAAGCUGGGGUGACGGUUAAAGCAAAAGCCACUAGCUCCGAGCCCAAGGUAGCAGUCACUCCUGCCCCCUCUACUGCCAUCCAACGGCUAGGGAGCAAGGGUCUAGUGGGCCCUAUGGCUCCCAUCAAAGAAAAGAAGCCUGAGCUGCCUGCACCAAGCUAUCCCGCCAAAAGACUGGGCAAGCGCUCUCUGCCCACUGAAGCCCAGGACAGCAGCAUCACCAGCUCCAGGAGCAAGCCUGACCCCAGGUUCCGGAUCACAAUCAAGAGAACUUUGGGGAGCCCAAAGGUAAGCAGCACCACGGAGGCCCCCAGCGCCCAGAUGGACAACACAGGGACAGUCAGCGUCUUUAAAAGGCUGGGCAGGAAGACCGUAUGAGCCCUGCCCUGCGCGUCUGCCACAAGCAUGUUGUGGAAUCCUGAUUGGAGGGGGUCUCCGGGCCAUUUGAAAUCCAUGUGUGUGGUUAAUUUUCACCCUUAGUUCACCAACCCACCCUUGAUGUCAGUUUGCACCACAAAUGGGCUCCUGUGGUUCUUUUGGGCUGAUCAGUCUUGGCGAGGACUCAUUCUGUCCAACUGUUAGGGUGGGCUCAGCCAUGUGUAAUCCAUAAAGGAAAGGGAGCCAUGUGUAAUCCAUAACACCAGAGCAGGGCAACAAACCGAGCAUGGUCCAGAACGGAGAUGAGAACAGAUAGACUCUUGGAGAGAAAGCAAGACAUCCUUGCAUAAACUUGAGAGGGUCCUGAACAUCCCUUUCUGUUGUUUUUCUUUCUGCAGGUCUUUGCACCUCCCUAGGAAGUAGUGUCUCCUUGAGGCAGACAAACACUGGGCUUGUGAGAUGCAGGAGAGGCCUUUUUCCUUGUCCUUCCUUCUUUCCAUCAUCUUUUCGUUCUUCCCUUCCUGAACUUUUCACCUGCUGGGUCCUGGUAUAUCUGUAAUCUAGGAAUGGCAACAAAAUAGUUACUGGUAAAUUCUCUUUGAUGGUCCUUGGAACAGCACACUUAGUAAACACUGUCCCAGUGCCAAAUCUGAUCACAUGGUGGAAAUAGCAGAAUUCUGGUUGCUUCUCCUUAGGUUGCCAUUUUUGUGCUGCCCAUGCUCUGGCUUUGGUUGUUGCAUGCUGGAUGCAGUGGGGGCCAUCGCAACUUCACUUUUUGAAAUUCCUUUUUAGAUUGGUGCCAUCUUUCUGGCUCAGAUUACAGAAGUGCCCUGUUCUGAUUGGAAGGGUGAUAUUUCCUCAUUGUCUUCCCUCCCAGAGCACUUGCAGUUAAUUCCCCGGGCAAACCAGAGACUCAGUCAGUUUGGAAAUUGCUCCUGAAAAUUUGAGAGCAUGCCCCCCUUUCAAGGUCCUGCUCACAAAAAAUGUGAGCUUAUACAGGGUGAGGCAGCAUAACUUCCUUUUUUCAAAACUUAAUAAAACUCAUUGUAUGAAUCAGAAAUUUUUAUAUAUGUAUAUAAAAAGUAGGCCUCAAUGGCAAAAGCACGCUGCUCACUGUUCCAACGCAUGAUGGCAACUGAACUGUGUCGGGACAAAACUUUAUACUCCCGCCUCUUGAACAGGACCACUAGCACUCCGCUACGUCUUCAACUGACUGAAUGGUGUGCAUUUUAAAAUAGGAAGUUAUGCUGCUGCACCCUGUAUUUACUCAUUGUCUUCCUUCCCAGAGCACUUCCAGUUAAUUCCCUGGGCAAGCCAGAGAUUCAGUCAGAUUGGAAAUUGCUUCUUGUUAAUUUGAGAGCAUGCCCCCCUUACAAGGUCCUGCCCACAAAAAUGAGAGCUUAUAUAUAUACAUGCAGUAUUGAAGAGAUAUUUGGCUGUCAGGAUUUGGAAAUCGGAAAGGCCAAUGGCAGGGAGCAGAAGAGGAAAAUGCAUGGUGGACCCUCCUAGAUGUCUUCCAAGGCUCCUGCUCCAUGGCUUGCCUUUUGUUAACUUUCAGCAGCCAUAUGUGGAGAGAAAGGGGUAGCAGCAAAGGACCUAUAUAUUGGGAUUGGUGGGUGUUAGGUUACCUGUGCCUGCAGCCUUACUUUGAAGUUGAUGGUUAUCAUUUACACCAGUGGUUUUCAACUUGUGGGUGCCCAGAUGUUUUGGCCUUCAACUCCCAAAAAUCCUAACAGCUGGCUGUGAUUUCUGGGAGUUGUAGGUCAAAACACCUGGGGACCCACAGGUUGAGAACCACUGACUUACACAAUUAAGGACCUAGGAAGCUUUUGGGAUACCUGGGCGUUGUGUGUAUCUUGUAGGAGCCAUAUUUAUUCAAGCCGGGUGUGUCUUACCUUUGUGUGUUUUCCACCUCAAGGCUGGUAAAGUCUCCCUUCUGUGUAUGCAGGAUCCUCCAAAGGGCCGCUGUUUAAGGUAUGCAGGGUUUCUCCUUUGCAGGUUGUCUUUCUGUCAACACAAUUUAGUAGUACUAGAUGGCAGCCUUGAGUUAUGCAGCCAUCCUUUUGUUGACAUGGAGGUCUAGGAAGAAGCUGGACUAUUGUUGUGAAUUUGUUUUGUUGGCAAGCAGGAUAUUGACCAGGCCUGCAGGAUAUGUAAAUUCUUUCCUUCUCCCUUUUUUCCUCCCUCCCUCUGUCUUCUCUCUCUUGUCCCACCCAGCAAGGCAUCAGGAUAUUGGGGUAGAUAUCAGGCCUUAAUUUCGCCACUCUUUCCCUCUUGGCCUUCCUCCCCAGCAUCCACUGCUAGGGCAGCUUUCUUUGAAUGGGCUUCCAAUUUGCCACUUCCUUUUGAGGUCCUGGGGUAUCUUGGCAUUUAUUUACUUCUAUAAACUGUUAGAGAACAUGUUUCUUUACUCUCUAGAGCAAUGGUUCUCAAUCUGUGGGUCCCCAGGUGUUUUGGCCUACAACUCACAGAAAUCACAGCCAGUUUACCAGCUGUUAGAAUUUCUGGGAUUUCAAGGCCAAAACAUCUGGAGACCCACAGGUUGAGAACUGCUGCUCUAGAAGAUAGGUAGUAGUCAUGUUGGACUAGUGAUUU